AUGCAAAAAUGGCUCCUAGUAAUGGGGCUAGUAGCUUUCCCGUUGGGUGACACCACAUCAAGCAGGGUUACUUAUGCCCCGAAUUGGGAGUCUCUGGAUAAACGCCCACUGCCCGAAUGGUACGACAACGCGAAGGUCGGAAUAUUCAUCCACUGGGGAGUCUUUUCGGUCCCAAGUUACGUAAACGAGUGGUUUUGGUGGAUCUGGAAGGGUCCUUUGCCUGACCCCCGAGUUUGGCUCUACAUGAAAAAGUACUACCAAGAUGGUUUUGCCUAUCCGGAUUUUGCGUCCCAAUUUCGAAAUGAGUUCUUCGAUCCAGCGCACUGGGCUCGAGUUCUUAACGCUUCUGGCGCAGGUUACGUCGUUGUGACGGCUAAGCAUCACGAGGGCUACUGCAAUUGGCCCUCCUCAACCUCCUGGAAUUGGAAUUCUGUCGAAGUGGGCCCCAAUAUUGAUCUGAUUGGUGAAUUGGCCAAGGUUAUCAGGGCUAAUACCACCCUCCGUGGGCAGUUAUACUUUUACGUCGCAUCACAUGUAUUCAUACAGGACUUUGUGAAUACCAAGACAAUGCCGGAGUUAUACGACCUAGUGAAUAAGUAUAAGCCCAGUAUUGUGUGGUCCGACGGUGCUGAUCAGGCUACUAGCGACUACUGGAAGGCCAAGGAGUUCCUAGCCUGGUUGUACAACGAGUCGCCAGUUCGCGAUGAGGUCGUCGUGAACGAUCGAUGGGGCCUGGACGCUGCUUGCGCCCACGGCGACUUCUUGAAUUGCAAUGACGGGUUCCGUCCGGACAAAGUGGUGCCGCGCAAGUGGGAAUGCUGCACAACCAUUGAUAAGCACUCGUGGGGGUACCGGAGAGACGCCAAUCUCGCCGACCACAUUUCCGUCCAGACUUUAAUCGAAACCCUAGUGGAUGUGGUCUCCUUGGGUGGGAAUCUGCUGCUGAACAUCGGCCCCACUGCCUGGGGUACAAUUGACCCGAUUUUUGAAGAGCGGCUCCUAAGCAUGGGACUUUGGCUCAGGAUAAACGGCGAGGCUAUUUACAAUACCGACGUCUGGACAGCACAAAGGGAUCCAUUAAGAAAAAAGCUGUGGUAUACUAGACGCAAAUCGGACACAUCUACUGUUUACGCUUUGUUCGCAGAUUGGCCUUUAGGGACCAAUAAAACCCUGACUCUGCCCGCCGUAAAAGCAUUUCCUGGAUCGAUCUUCACUCUGCUGGAUGGGAGCACAGGUACCCGACUAACGUUCACAAUCGAUGGUACUCAAGGGGCCCCCAAUCUCGAACUUCCAGCAGAGCAACCACCCAACUCCUUUGCCGUAUGGACUGUCAGAAUGCAGAAUGUGACGGCGAACUCAAAUUAG